AUGGCAAAUGAUACAGAGGAGGAACCAGAAGCUAAAAUACCAAAAUAUGAAGUGAAUGGAAAUGCAUUAUUCGCUACUGCACCGUAUGAUUUCAAUCAAGUUGGCACUUUAAUCUCAGGUCCUGGUUCAAGACUUGAUAUUUUAGAUGCACUUGCUGCUCCUUUAAUCAAAUUGAGUACGGAACAAAAUGAAGCUGUUGUCAAAGCCAAAAUAUAUGCUAUGGAACAAAGUAUUAAAAUGGUAUAUAUGAAACAAACAUUAGCCCAUCAACAAAAACAAGCCAAGUCAUUCCACCGUCAACAAGCUUUAGUUUUAAUGUGCAGAGUGUAUGUGGGAAAUAUUAGUUUUGAACUUAAAGAGGACUCAAUCAAACAAGCAUUUUCACCAUUUGGUUUUAUUAAAUCAAUUGACAUGUCUUGGGAUCCAAUUACUCGAAAGCACAAAGGUUAUGCAUUUGUAGAAUAUGAAAUACCAGAAGCUGCUCAGCUUGCACUUGAACAUAUGAAUGGAGUAGUGUUUGGUGGUCGAAAUAUUAAAGUUGUUGGGCGUCCUAGCAAUAUGCCACAAGCACAAUCUGUCAUUGAUGAGAUUUGGGAAGAAGCUAAACAGUAUUAUAAUUUUGUUUAUGUAGCAUCUAUACAUCUAAACUUAACUGAAGAUGAUAUAAAAUGUGUAUUUGAAGCAUUUGGCCCAAUUAGGACAUGUACACUUGCAAAAAGUAGAACAUCAAACAGACACCGUGGCUAUGGUUUCAUCGAGUAUGAGGGUCAUCAAGCGGCUAUUGAAGCAAUAUCUUCAAUGAAUCUUUUUGACCUUGGAGGCCGGUCUUUAAGAGUUGGGCGUGCCAUUACUCCACCAUAUGCGCUUUAUGUUCCUUCAUCUUCAAGGCAUAUGCCUGCAGCUGCUUCUGUUAGAGCUUCUGCUUUUGCAGCUACAACAGCCACAGCAACAGUUCAAGCGAUGGAUGCAGGUGCUACUAAUGAAGUUUUAAGUUUAAGUAAAUUAAGUUCUCAAGUAGGUGCUCAAACAGCUGUUUUCCCUGGCUUACAACAGUUACCUACUACAUUAGGUAUAACUCCUGAUAUUCCAGCUGCUACUAUACCACCACCAGGAAUUGCUAUGCCACAGCAAAUUAGAGCUCCAAUACCAAUAAUAUCAGGUGCCAAAAGAUUGAGUCCAGUAAUUCAACAAGCUAUACCUCCGCCAGCACUUAUAAAUCCCACGCAAUUAGCUGCCCCUGUAAUUCCAACAGUAAUUGCAGAUGUACAAAAAUGGGCUGAUCAACAAAAAGAACUACAAAAAAAAGUAUUGGAAGAAACUGAACCUCAAACAUUACAACAACAAGAAAAUAUGUCUAUUAAAGAACAAAGUGCUAGACUCCUUGUUAUGCAAAAAUUAAUUCGGAAAACUGAGAGUAAGGUUGUUAUACUCAAAAACAUGCUUGGUGUUGAAGAUGUGGAUGACAAUUUACAAGAAGAAAUUCAAGAUGAAUGCUGCAAAUUUGGUGUAGUCAAACGUAUUAUUAUCUAUAAAGAAAAACAAUCAGAUUGUGUAGAUGAAGAUUCAGAUACAAUUGUAAAAAUAUUCGUAGAGUUUACACAGAUGUCAGAAGCCGAACAAGCUCGGGACUCCAUAAAUGGUCGAUUCUUUGGCGGACGUUUAGUUAAAGCUGAACUUUAUGAUCAAGCAUUAUUUGACCAUAGUGACUUUUCUGGUUGAAUCAGUUUAAAUGUCCAUUAUUAUAAUUAUAUGUAUAUUAUUUUACU